AUGGCUAUUUAUUUAAGUGACGAUGCAUCUUACUUGAAAAAAUCUUUAAAUUUUGGGUCCGACGAUAAACUUCCAUUUGUUGAUGUUAAUAAAUGGGUUAAGAUUUAUUUAAGUAACGAUAUGUCUAACUUGGAAAGAUCUUUAAAUAUUGGACUCGAUGAUAAACUUCCAUUUGUUAAUGUUGAUAAAUGGUUUCAGAUUUAUUUAAGUAAUGAAAUGUCUUACCUGGAAAGAUCUUUAAAUAUUGGACUUGAUGAUAAACUUCCAUUUGUUGAUGUUGAUAAACGGUUUCAGAUUUAUUUAAGUAAUGAGAUGUCUUACCUGAAAAGAUCUUUAAAUAUUGGACUCGACGAUAAACUUCCAUUUGUUGAUAUUGAUAAACGGUUUCAGAUUUAUUUAAGUAACAAGAUGUCUUACCUGAAAAGAUCUUUAAAUAUUGGGCUCGACGAUAAACUUCCAUUUGUUGAUGUUGAUAAAUGGUUUCAG